AUGAAGCUGAGAAUAGUGACCGACGCACAUUGUCAUCCUACCGAUCUUAACCUGGAUGAAGAAGAUUACUAUCAUGUACCUUUGGGAGGGAUAGCCUCUAUGGCUACUAUACCGGAAGACCAAGAGAAAGUAAUGACUUUGGCUAGAAGCUAUCACCCAUGGUUUGUUCACCGCUAUACCCUUCACGAUACUCCUCCUGAUAAAUCCACACACUAUCGAUCCCUCUUCCUCUCCCACAAACCCACCACAACCCAAGUACAGCUCCUCGAUACUCUUCUACCAUAUCUCCCCGAUCCUUCACCUUUUCAACCUCUUCUGAAUGGAAUCAGAGCAAAAUUGGAGAGGUGUAAGAAAGAAGGAAAAUUGGUCAUGCUUGGUGAAGUGGGUUUAGAUGGUCAAGCAAGGUUGAGAUGGCCUCCAGAAGCUCGACAUUUGUACGUCGAGAAAUCUUCCGUGGAGGAAUCUUCGAAUCCUCUCAACGGUCAGACAAAAUUCGAUGGAAAUGAACAAGCCCGGAGAGGAAAGGAUGACGAUAAGGAAGAAGAAGAAUGGAAGAGGUUGACGCCGUUCAAAACCGUCUUAUCGCAUCAAAGAGCGAUACUGAUGGCUCAAAUGGAACUGGCGGUAGAAUUAGGAAUCAACGUUUCUUUACAUUCUGUCGCUGCUCCAGGUCCAACAGCAGAAGCUUUGUUAGCUUUGAAGAAGAAACACGGAAAGCAUUUCACGCAUCGUAUCAAUGUUGACCUUCAUUCAGCUGGAGGAUGGUCCCCUUCUUUUUGGACCCAAACGGCUAAACACCUUCCAAACCUCUACGCAUCCCCUUCUAUCCUCAUCACAGGUCGUUCGACCUCUGCACCCGACCUGAUCCGCUCCAUCUCCCCCGAUAAGUUGUUAGUAGAAUCCGAUUCGCACGACGUUCGUCUUAGCGGUCGGUUAGUCUGGGCCGCAUGUGUCUGGAUAGCUAGUUGUCGGUCUUGGAGAUUGGAAGGAUCUACUUCACCCACGACGGGUGUAAGAGGGCGGGAUGAGACUACGGGCUCCUAUGUCUUUUCUCAGAGUGAGCUACAGUCAGCGGUGAAAAAAGGAGCAGACGAUUGGACGGUAGAUCCGACUACACCUUAUGAAACCGAUGGUGAUGAGGUAUGGACGGUAAGACAGCUUGAAAGUAAUUGGAGAAGGUUCAUGAGGCUUGAUGAAUGA